UUCUGGAAUGAAGAAAUUGUUCCCCAGAUCAAGGAGGGGAAAAGGGUGUUGAUUGCAGCCCAUGGCAACAGCCUGCGGGGUAUAGUCAAGCAUCUGGAAGGUCUCACUGAAGAAGCCAUCAUGGAGCUGAACCUGCCAACUGGUAUUCCUAUUGUCUACGAGCUGGAUAAAAACUUAAAGCCCAUCAAGCCCAUGCAGUUCCUCGGGGAUGAAGAGACCGUGCGCAAAGCCAUGGAAGCUGUGGCUGCCCAGGGCAAGGCCAAGAAGUGA